GAAGAAAAAAAAAAUCCUCCAGAAGUGAGUAUCAAUCAGAGAGGAGUUAGUGGGGCACAAAGAGAAAAAGCAGGACAGAGAGCAGGGCGCGCAAAAAGCCGCUGACCGCAUCCGAACUAUCAGUCAGGACUGAUAGAAAACUCUCCGUUUUCUAGUCAAAGUUUACUAGGAUUACUUUGGACACUUGGUGAGUUUGCGCCCUGCUGUAAACACUGACGUGUGCAGUUUCUUCUUCUUCCUCUCCUCUGUUUUUUUUUGUUCUUCACUGUUUUGCCUCGCUGCUUUUGGACGGGACGGAGUGAGGGGGCUUCGGGGGAGCUCGGGGGGUGGCGGGGUUUUUCUUGCCGUUGUGAAUUUUCGCCACGUUCUCCUCCUCCUCCUCCUGCCCAACUCUUCGGGUGGAUUUGAGAGAAAUGAGUGAGAGGAGGCGAUCGGCCGCAGCUCUGAGCUCUAGAGCCCACGCGUUUUCCGUGGAAGCCCUGAUCGGCUCCAACAAGAAGAGGAAGCUCCGGGGCUGGGAGGAGAAGGAGCUGGAGUUGUCCAUGGAGAGCCUCGCCACGGACGGAGAGGAUCCGGCGCACUGUCUGGAUAUGGACCCGGACUCAGAGGCGAGCCCCGGCUCGGAUGGAGAGGGUCUGGCCGAGAGGACGUCGUGCUCCUUCGGCUCGCCCGCCGACCUGGCCCCGGGCGCCUGCGACGCCUCGCCCUCGGCCUCCAUGGAGGAGAUCCAGGUGGAGCUGCAGUGCGCCGACCUCUGGAAGCGUUUCCACGACAUCGGCACGGAGAUGAUCAUCACCAAGGCCGGCAGGAGGAUGUUUCCGGCCAUGAGGGUAAAAAUCGCCGGCCUGGACCCGCACCAGCAGUACUACAUCGCGAUGGACAUCGUGCCAGUGGACAACAAGAGAUACAGGUACGUGUACCACAGCUCCAAGUGGAUGGUGGCGGGAAACGCGGACUCCCCGGUGCCGCCGCGGGUUUACAUCCAUCCGGACUCUCUGGCUUCAGGAGACACCUGGAUGAGGCAGGUGGUCAGCUUCGACAAGCUCAAGCUCACCAACAACGAGCUGGACGACCAGGGACACAUCAUCCUUCACUCCAUGCACAAGUAUCAGCCUCGGGUUCACAUCAUCAGGAAGGACUCCAGCAGUGAGCUGUCUGCUAACAAACCAGUGCCGAGCGGGGAGGGCGUUAAAACGUUCAGCUUCUCCGAAACCGUCUUUACGACCGUCACCGCCUACCAGAACCAGCAGAUCACCAGACUAAAGAUUGAUCGCAACCCCUUUGCCAAAGGAUUCCGGGACUCGGGCCGAAACAGAACCGGCCUGGAGGCCAUCAUGGAGACGUACGCUUUCUGGAGACCUCCUGUGAGGACCCUCACGUUUGAGGAUUUCACCAACAUGCAGAAGCAGCAAGGUGGCAGCACCGGGACGUCUCCCACCACCUCCAGCACGGGAACGCCUUCACCGUCCGGCGCGGCCCACCUCCUCUCCCCCUCCUGCUCCCCUCCAGCCUUCCACCUGGCCCCCAAUACGUUCAACGUCGGCUGCAGAGAGAGCCAGCUCUGCAACCUGGGCCUGUCAGAGUACCCUGCCUGCGCCCGCAGCAACAUGGCGGCUUUGCAAGGCUAUGGCGGCCUGGCCGACGGCUCCUACGGCCGCCUCCAGGCGGCGGGGGGAGCCGUGGCAUCCGCCCAGCCAUCGGAAUCCUUCCUGCCGCAGAGGACUUCCUCCCUGAUCGCCGCGGGCAUGCAGGGCGGCGCCCAUGGCUCCCUGGCCGGCGGCGGAAGCGGUGGAGGCGGCGGUGGUGCUGCCGGCGGCAAGAUGGACGCCUACGGCGGACAGCUGGGCUCGUUCCCGGCCUCCCAGCUUCAGUACGUGAUGCAGGCCGGCGGGAGCUCCGGUUCCGCCUCGUCCUCUUCGUCAGGGUCGUCUCCGUCCUCCGCCCACAUGUUCGGCAGCGGCCACCACCACGUGCAGCAGGGAUCUUACAACGCUUUCUCCCUCCACAACCCCUACAACCUGUACGGAUACAACUUCCCCGCCUCGCCUCGCCUGGCCGCCAGCCCGGAGAAGCCCCAGGCGGGGCUGCUCUGCUCCUCGGCCCCCGCUGGCGCCUUCGCUGAGCGCCAGUACCUGCCCAACGGCGGCAUGGACACGAUGCACAUGAUCGGCAACGCGGCGGGCGGCCAGCAGGGCGGCAGCUCCUGCGAUGGACGCCAGUACGGCUCAUCCUCUCAGAUGUCCAUGCACAUGGUGUGAAAGCCGCGACCUCGACCUUCUCCACGUCGCUGAAACGAUUUCAGGUGAAAAAUGGGAAGGAGAAAAGAAAAACUGCAGUUGGUGAGUGUUGGUUUAAACCAACAGCGUUCACGUUUCAGAAACACGCCUACCACUCCAAACGCAAUAAAAACAAAAGCAGGUAUAAACUUCUAUUUAAUUAUUUUGUAUUGAUCUUGACAGCAGCUCAAUGUUCUUACCGUUUGAAGGCAAAUUUUCAGAAGUGGAAAUGGAGUAGAGAAGGAAGUCUAUGUGUUACGGUGCAAUAAUAAUAGAAACAGCUCCAGUGUCAUCCAGAGGUUUUUUGUUUGUUUUUUCACUUCAAGCGGCGCUUGUGCCGUUUCGGUUGAGGGACGUCAAAGAGUUGGCGGCUCUCUGUGGAGCUCGGAGGUUUUGGACAGAAUGAAAGGGACAACUGGACAGCGCCAGUGAGCGGUUCACUGCUGCAGGUGGAGGACCUGGGCGCGGUGGAGGCUGCUGACGGAGGAAAACAGAGCCGGUUCUUUUCGCUGUAUAGUAAAAUGUGAGAACAGGACUCCAACCAGGCAACUCCACCCACCUGUCUUCCGCAAAAACUAGAACUCCUCACAAUGUUUCCGGGAUUUAUGUGAUUAUAUAUAAUUAUAUAUAUAUAUGCAUAUAGUGGAAAAGGAUUUGCCUCCUUGCAGAUUUUUUCUUGCAUUCUUUCUAUUUUAUCCCUCCUAAAUGUUUCAGAUCAUAUCAGACAAAGAGAACCUGAGUAAAUACAAAAAUUAGAAUCAUAAAAUGACUUUGGGUGUUUCCACACCUGAUAGUCCAGUAGACUCGGUUCGAUUUGUUGCAUUCUCAGCAGUUUGCUUUCACACUGCACUGUCAAACGAUCCAGACCCUUUGAAAAACUCGUUCCCCUCCUCGCCUGGGGGGGGCGCUGCACAAAGAAUUAAUGAAGAAAACAACACAAAAACUUCUAAAGAAGACACCGAGCACAACUUUGACCUUCACAAAAUGUAAGUAGUGUCACAUUUUAGUGGUUGUAGGAUUUCUUUCACAUCUUCGGUGAAAGACCACGAGCCAUUUCUCCUUCUAGAGCUAGACACAAGCAUUUGUUUUGGUUACCCAGAAUGCUGUGCGCUACAACCCGCUUCCUGCUUUUGGAGCGGCUUCUGGUUCGCUUACAUCCACCUAUGCGUUCGAACCGCACCGGCGUUCACUUCAACUGAACAGAGACCUCUGUUUGUAGGGGUUUGCUUUUAUGACUCGCUCCAGAGUUCGAUUGCGCGUUCACACCUCCUCAAAUGAAACGGACUUUCUAGACAAACGAACUAGAGUUUGAUUAAAGCAAAUGGAGCCUUGAACACAAUCUGUCUAACAACAUGAAGCAUGCCAAAGAUUUCAGAAAGAUACGCAUUGUCUCCUACUCUAAGAAACAGGAUUAUUGACAUCCAUCAGUCUGGACAGGCUUAACAAGCCUUUGGACUCCAGUAAACCAGAGUGAAGGUCCAAUUUGAUCAUCCAUCCAGUUGUGGAUACUGACUAAGUCAUUAGCUGUGUUUCCAUUACAAGUAAGUGCAAAACCUUUUUAAUACUCUGAUAAUGACAAAAAACGCAAUUUCCCAAUUGUGGUGUUACCAUUUCCCUUUUUUGAGAAUUUGCAGUCUACAAUUUUCUGGAAGAGCUAUGGAUUAAACUCUUUCAAAAGACAAACUUUAGUUGAGCUUUGCAAGGCACCAGAACCAGAACUUUGCGAUGCACACCUGGCUUUGCUGGAGACAGCCGUGCAUUGUCCAAGGUGGCCAGUUCCUAAAAAUAAGUAUGUUGAUGAUGGAUGCAAACUGGUGUGACUAGUGAUAGAAACAAGGUGUUUCCAUUGGAGUCUUUUCAAAAUGCAUUCAUUUUGAUAUGGCCAAAAAACAACCUUAUCCUACAGCAAAAAUGUAUCAAAAAUCAUGAAUUUCUUUUUCUUCAAAAUUGCCAUGUUUCCAUUAAGCAAAUUUAUUUUUCGCAAUUCCAAUUUGUAUCCAUAGAUGAGUUUGUGACCUUUAGGGUGAAGGGCAUUUGGAAUAUGCAGCAAGACAAAAUCCCAACGCUCCAAACUCACUGUAUUGAAAAGGUUUUGUAGCAGUUUGGACAAACACUGGGCUUAAAUCUAACGAACAUGCUGCGGUUUGACCUUUCACAGAUUGCUCGUGUUCGAAAACUCCUCAAGGUGGCUGAAUAAAACCAGUCUGUGAAGUCAACCAGAACUCUUCGACAGCGAUGUAAAAGACUCAUUGUCCCGUAAUCCUGGGCAACAGUGGACCAGCAGGUUGGGGUUGCCCAUGUAGCCAAUGGGUUGCUGGUUCAGACCCCCACUCAGUCCGUCUCAGACUUUGCUGCUAUGUCCUUAGACAAGACGCUUCACCCACUUUGUCUGCUGGCGGUGGUCAGAUUAAAUUUCAGACUUCCUUUUGUCGGUCCACAUCCAGGGCAGAUGUUGGUUAGCUAUGUUGUAGCUAUGAAUGAGUGAAUGACCGAUUGUAGCGUACAGCGCUUUGGAGUCCUCUGACUUGAUAAAGUGCUAACAAGUGCAGGUCGUUUACCAUUUUGCCAUCUUCUGACGCUGUUCGGCAGUUGUUUCCACCAGGGUGGCCUCAACCAGCUGUUAGCUUUAGAGGUCAAUGAUUUUCUCAUGUUGGUUUGGAUAGCUCUUUUCAUCUCGGCUAACUAAAGUUUCAUAUAAAACUCCGAGUUAAAAUAAGACACGUUUAAGUGUGACAACAAAACAAAAAUAGAAGAACUCUUCCAGGAGACAAACACUUCUUCACGGUAUUAUAUAUAAAAGAAAAAAGAAGUCAAAUGCAAUCAAUACUAUAAGCUUAAAAAGUUGUUGUGUGAAAUGUUGAAUAAUAAGCAAUACUAUAAUAAGAGAGUAAAGUAUGUUGUGGUGUGUACUAAGAUGUGUAUUUAAGAGUUGACCAGUAUAGCAAUUUCACCUAUUUGUUAUUAAAAUUUGUGCAAAUGGGAAUUAGCAAAGUUAAUCUUUUUUUUUUCCUUUUUUUUUUUGGAGUAGUUGUACAUACAAGUGCCAAGCACAUGAAAAAACUCAAAUAAACGUUUAUUUCAUGUAUGAA